UUUGACAUGAACGUUGAACAUCAACAUCAUGCUUUAUAACCUCAAAUUUUUGUAAACCUUAGAUUUGUUUACACUAAUAGUUUUGUAAAAAUAAUUGGAUUUGUGAAAAAAGAAGAAUAAAAAUCCCUCAAAAUGGCUGAACAAGUUAAUCAACGAAUUGAGGGCAUGAUAAAUGAACUUGAGCAGAUGCGAAGAACUAAUCUUUUUGAUGAUGAUGAAUUAAGAGAAAUAUCUCGAAAAAGAAAGGAAUUUGAAUAUAGAAUACAAAGACGAAUAAAACAAAAAGACGAUUUUGUUCAGUACAUUGCUUAUGAAUUAACUUUAUUAGAAGAUAUUUCACUGCGUAGAAAGCAAGCGAAGAUUAGCGAUAAAAAGAAAGACAUAGAAUUCGCCAUCGCAAAGCGGCUGAAUAAAUUAUUUAAACAGUUUAUUUUGAGAUACCAAAAUGAAGUUGAGAUAUAUUUCGAGUAUAUAAAAUUUUGUAAGAGUGUUGGUUUUCAAUACGCCAUAGGAGCAAUUAUUGGACAAAUGUUGCAAAUACAUGGUGAUAAGCCCAAAACAUGGCAACUAGCUAGCAUUUGGGAGAGCAAGGAGAAGAAUGACCUAGACACUGCUAGAGGGUUUCUAUUAAAGGGUAUUCAUAGACAUCCAGAAUCAGAAGUUCUUUAUUUGGAAUUAUUUGAGGUUGAGCUUAGGCUGGCUUGUGAAACUGAAAUUGAAGAAGAGAAGGAAAAAUAUCUAAAAAGAGCAGAAAUUGUAUGGCAGAACAGUGUGAAAAAUGUUCCUGAGUUGUCCUUUUUGUCCAAACUUUGCGAUUUGUCUAUGCGGUACAAUGAUGGUCCAUUAACGAAGUCUAUAAAAGAAGAAAUUUGGAAUAGACGAGAUGAGAAAGAUGUCUGGGCUUAUAUAGCUUCAAAGGAAUUGGAGGGCUAUCAUUGGGAACAAAUUGAUGAUUUUGUUGAUCAAGACAAUCAAUAUUCUACUGAAUUACAAAAUUUUAUUGCAGUGUAUGAGGAAGGUCUGCAACAAUUUCCAGAUGAAAAAUUAUGUACAAAAUACAUUCAUGGUUUACUUGGUUUGAACAACAAUAUUUGCACAGAUUCACAAAAAAUCACUGCAGUGAAAGAAGCAUGGAUGUAUGGUCAUGAAAAUGGUUUAUUAUCUAAUGACAUGUACGCUUUUGGUAUAUCGCUAUUGAAGUUGGAUGGAGAAAUAUCAAGUGAUGAGUUUGUGCAGGUAAUAGAUACAGCUUUAAUUAAAAAUCCUAAAUCUAGAAUACUAUGGGAGGAAAAGAUUUUGCAUAGUAAGGAUAAUGAAAACAGAAUGUUGUCUGUGCUACAAGAUGCAAGUAAAACUAUGAAGGGUGAUGAUUUAUUGUACCUGUGGAAUUUUGUAUUGAACAAUAUACAAUCUAUAGAUGUGUUAAAUAAAUGCUACAAAAAAUUUCAAACUUGUGAAAGCGUAGUUGUUUUAUCACUGAAACCAAAACUCUUGCAAAAAAUAUAUGAUCAUAAUGGGUUGAAAGCAGCAAGAAAUGCGUAUGAAGAUUUUAUAAGAACUCCUCCAACACAAAAAGAAUUACAUCUUGUUAUGAUAGAUAUUGAAAAAGCUCAAGAAAAAUUUAGUGCUAAACAUAUAAGGAAAUGUUAUGAAUGUUUGGUCCAACAUCAUGGUUCAAAUAAUGUUGAUGUUUGGUUGGAUUAUAUCAAAUUUGAAGCUCAACAUGGGAAUGCGCAAACAGUACCUCAAGUACAUAGGAGAGCUAUAGCUGCAUUGAAAAAGGAAUUAGUUGACGAUUUUAUAAAGGCACAGACUUUAUCCAGAUUACAAUAAAUAGAAUGAAUUUUUUUGGGUUUUCUUUAUUCAUAUCUAUAAGUUAUUAUACAUAGCAUAGACAGUAAUAUUCAAAGUUAAUAAAUAAUGAAUAUGAGAAUCUUUUAUUGUAAGCAAAAAAAA